UAAUAUCCUAAUUUCACUUGCAAUUUUAUUUGACAAUUUGUUAUUGUUAAUGUUUAUUGACAAUUGAAAUUUUCAACGGUACUUUAAUUUUAAAAAACGUAAACGUUUUAUAAUAUUAUUUUUAUUAGUGAAAUAAAAUGUCUAAUAUCGUCAGACCUGCCCCACCGAAACCUGUUCCUAAACCAGGUCAAGUUAAAGUUGUCAGAGCACUUUAUCGUUAUGUUGCUCAGCAGGCGGAUGAAUUAUCUUUUGAAGAAGGAGAUAAUUUGUACAUCUUGGAUAUCAAAACUGAUCCCAAUUGGUGGAAGGCAUCUUGCCAUGGGAAAGUGGGCCUCAUUCCUAGUAAUUAUGUUGAAGAAAACACAGAGGAAGUUCUCCAUCCCUUACAUGAAGCUGCCAAACGAGGAAAUUUGACAUUUUUGGAAGAAUGUAUAAAUAAUAAGGUAUCUGUAAAUGGAUUGGACAAAGCUGGUUGCACAGCUUUACAUUGGGCUGCCCAUGCAGGAAAUGAAGAAUGUGUGAAGCAGUUAUUAAAAGUUCCUAAUAUAGAAAUUAAUGUUCAAAACAAACUUGGUGACACUCCUUUACAUUCAUGUGCUUGGAAAGGACACAGUGAAAUUGUACAAAUGCUUUUAGAUAAAGGUGCUGACCCAACAUUGAAGAAUAAUGAAAAUAAAACUGCAUUUGAUAUUACUAAUGACUCUGCCUGUGCUGCUUUACUUAAAGAAUACCUUAUGACAUCACCACCUUUUGCAGCUGAUGAUUAUGGAGACAGUGAUGAUUCCGAGUGAUAAUGACUUUCAAAACAUUUUUUUUUAUACAUCAUUGUUUGUAAAAUAUAUAUUUUUUGAAAUAUAUUUUGUAUUCAAAUGAAGUUCAUGUAAUGAACUAGUCAUUUAUUAACAGAGCUUACAUAAUUAUAUUCAAGAGUUUUCUCAUAAAUUUUAUCAUUGCUUUAUAUUAAAACUAAGAUUUACUCAAGCAGUUGCCUUUAUUAAUGAGCCAUAGAACAAUAAUCUUUGGCUUAUGGCUCAUUUUAUGCACAAAGAUUCUUAUUAUCAGAGCUGUAACAUAAAAUUUCAUUUUUUAUAUGCAUCAAGACUUUUUUUAAAAUCUUAAACAAUAUAUCAUUUUUAAUAAAAUGUUUUCAGGCAUGCAAAUUUUUUUUUUCAGUUUAGGCCAGGAAAUAGCUUUAUAAACUAAUUGGAUAUUUAUUUAAAGUAACUAUCAAAUAAACUUGUGAAAUUAUUUUACGAUUCCUUUCUUUUAUUGAUCUUCAAACUAUAAAAAAUA